AUGGAUUGUAAAACAUGUUUCGUUGUUGUAAAUGAGGAGGACUUAAUUAAUUGCUCUGCAUGUCGUGGCUCAUACCAUUACGCAUGCAUAGGAUUAAAAGAACUGGACUUUAAGAAAAUGUUACCUAUGAAUAAAAUUAAAUGGAAGUGUCCAUCGUGUAAAUCCGGUAAAAAAAAGGAUAAUAAAAACAGGCCCAACACACCUCGUCUGGAAUGCAGCUCAUCGCAAUCGCAAUCUAUGAUAAACAUUGAUGCAAAUGCCAUUAUGGAACAUUUUGACGGUAGGUUUAGUGCGUUGCAAUCUGCCAUCGACUCCCUGAAAUCCGACGUUAACGACAAGUUAACAGGACUAUCAGCUACUGUUAAUUCAUGGGAGACUAAAAUGAAUGGCUUUGCAUCAUUAAUUGCUUUGAUAAAUGAACAGAUUUCCGAUCUUAAAGAGGAAAAUGAUAAGUUGAAGCAAGAUCUCGACCAUAUCCGAUCAAAAGUGAGGGAUAUUUCUGACUGCAAUGAUCGCAAUGACCAAUGGGUUCGCCGUUCAAACAUACAAAUAAAUGGGGUUCCUGAGAAAAAGGGUGAAAACCUUUUAAGCUUAGUGAAGUCCCUAGCGCAAAAAUGUAAUUUUAUAAUUAAUAUAGAUAGUGAUGUUGAUUUCGUAACUCGUGUGGCGGUUAAGAAUGAUGCGGACAAUAAAACACCGAAGCCGAUUAUUUUGAAAAUGCAUUCGAGAUAUAAAAAGGAUGAUUUUCUAUCAUUGUUACGUAAAUUAAAGAACUGUACCGCUAGCGAUAUUGGUAUUACUGGGGCACAGAGUGGCUAUAAGAUAUUUUUCAACGACCAUCUUUCGGCAAAAAAUAAGCAUCUUCUCAAACAAGCGAAGCAAUUGGCGAAGGAGAAAGGCUACGUCUACUGCUGGGUUCGUAACUGUUCGAUCAUGGUGCGCCGCAGUGAUCAAUCGCCAAUUAUACACAUCACGUCUGAACGCUCUUUAAACAAAAUUGUAUAA